AUGACUUCUCAAACUCAAUGCACAGCUGGUGAACAAGGUGUAUUCAACUGCACUGGUUGUGAAAGUGUGUUGUGCAAAAAGCGUUUGCGAGACAAUGUGACAAUUGGCGUUCACGAAUUAGUAUUAAAUGAUAGAUGUCCGAUAUUUCAUGACGCUAAUUGUGAAAAAGUAUUUAUUAGUGUAGAAUUUUUGAAUUAUACUGAAGAACUCGAAACACCCUGUUCAUUACAAAAAUGUGAUCCAAAUGUGAAAUAUAGUUUCAAUUUCCAAAAAGAUUGCCCCAUUAAUGAUAAAGAGCAACGUCAACAUUUAGCAGAUCUUAUGGGACCAGAUUCUUCCGGAGAUAUCAAAUUUGUUGUUAUUGGUGAGCCACCUGAAAAUAAGCACGAUCUCAGUUGUGUCGAUAUUGGUUACGCAUGUGUGAAUGCCAAAAAAUUGUUGUGCAAUGAAACGGAUAUUGUCAAAAAAAAUAUUGAUGGUGAGACACGUUCCGUUGCAUUAAGAGAUCUAACGAGGAAAGUACCCCAACUGAUAAAUCGCUUUUUCAACGAAACUGAAUGGACUAUAGGUAGUCGACGAUGCUGAUUCCGAAUAUCACCAUGAAUGCUGCUGCUAGGCCUUCAAAGACCGGUCUUCUGGAAAACCAGUUUUCGAGAAACUCUAAAGAACAACCAAAAGCUUUCUU